AUGGCAAGAAAUAAUUUAACAGGAGGUGGAGUACGAAUGGAAACAUAUGAAGGACUGUUAUGUUCCCCCUCUUUGGCAGGUGGAUUACAACAACAAUCAAUUUGUCUCGCAUUUGUAAAUGUGAUCCUCUCUCUCACUGCGAUUCUUGGUAACUUUCUAAUCCUCAUUGCCCUUCGUAAAGAAUCUUCCCUCCAUCCGCCAUCCAAACUUUUGUAUCGUUGUCUGGCAAUAACUGAUCUUUUGGUUGGUCUCGUUAGCCAGCCUCUCCAUGCUAUUUAUUGGAUAUCUAUAGCUAACGAACACUGGAAUCUUUGUAGAUACACAAGGGACGCCGCCUACAUAACUAGCUAUACAUUAUGUGGAGUAUCUUUGGGGACAAUCACGGCCAUAACCGUUGACAGACUUCUCGCCCUGUUGUUGGGGCUGAGAUACAAAACAAAUGUAACUUUGAAGCGCACAAGUAUUAUUUUAGCUGCCGUUUGGGUUUUAUCUGGUGUGGCUGCUUUAUGCUACAUUUCAGAUUACCAUAUAACCCUAUGGUGUGGUUAUAUCUGUAUUCCAUCUUAUUUGGUGAUCUCAAUCGCCUCGUUCACAAAGAUAUUUCGCACCCUCAUUCGUCAUCAGGCACAAGUACAAGUUCAUGUUCAACUACAGUCGAGCCAACAAAAUUCACUGAACAUUUCGCGAUACAGAAAAGCGGUGUACAGUGUACUGUGGAUGCAGUUAGCAUUAGCUGUUUGUUAUGUACCAUAUACCAUAGUUGUAAUCGUGUUUGAGGAGCCUAAUAAAGGAACAUUUUCAUCGCAUUUACGUGUCACCAGAGGAAUAGUAGCAACUUUAGUUUACUUCAACUCGACAUUAAACCCGUUUCUUUACUGCUGGAAGAUUAAUGAAGUGAGACAGGCAGUGAAGCUGACAAUCAGACAAUUAGUUUGUUGUCCAUGGAGUUAG